CCAUGGAGCCGCGGGCGCUCGUCACGGCGCUCAGCCUCGGCCUCAGCCUCUGCUCCCUGGGGCUGCUCGUCACGGCCAUCUUCACCGACCACUGGUACGAGACCGACCCCCGGCGCCACAAGGAGAGCUGCGAGCGCAGCCGCGCGGGCGCCGACCCCCCGGACCAGAAGAACCGCCUGAUGCCGCUGUCGCACCUGCCGCUGCGGGACUCACCCCCGCUGGGGCGCCGGCUGCUCCCGGGCGGCCCGGGGCGCGCGGACCCCGAGUCCUGGCGCUCGCUGCUCGGGCUCGGCGGGCUGGACGCCGAGUGCGGCCGGCCGCUCUUCGCCACCUACUCGGGCCUCUGGAGGAAGUGCUACUUCCUCGGCGUCGACCGGGACAUCGACACCCUCAUCCUGAAAGGUAUCGCGCAGCGAUGCACAGCUAUCAAGUACCACUUCUCUCAGCCAAUCCGCUUACGAAACAUUCCUUUCAAUUUAACCAAGACGAUACAGCAAGAUGAAUGGCAUCUGCUUCAUUUAAGAAGGAUCACUGCCGGCUUCCUGGGCAUGGCCGUGGCCGUCCUUCUGUGUGGCUGCAUUGUGGCCACCGUCAGUUUCUUCUGGGAGGAAAGCCUGACCCAGCACGUCGCGGGGCUCCUGUUCCUCAUGACAGGGAUAUUUUGCACCAUUUCCCUCUGUACUUACGCCGCCAGUGUCUCUUAUGAUUUGAACCGGCUCCCAAAGCUAAUUUAUAGCCUGCCUGCCGAUGUGCAGCAUGGCUACAGCUGGUCCAUCUUCUGUGCCUGGUGCAGUUUAGGCUUUAUUGUGGCAGCUGGAGGUCUCUGCAUCGCUUAUCCAUUUAUUAGCCAGACCAAGAUUGCACAGCUCAAGUCUGGCAGAGACUCCACGGUAUGACUGUCUGCGCUCAGGGCCCGUCCACAGUGCCGGUCACCCCCGAGGGGAGCGGCGCCGAGUUCACGUCCGGAUUCGAAGCACAAGGCCGUCUUUGACAUUCCAACCUAUUGCCUGCAGCCUUUUCUGGAUGACUGCUAGAAAAUCAUGCAAAACCUCCCAACCUUUCUAAGGACAAGACUACUGUGGAUUCAAGUGCUUUAAUGACUAUUUAUGCUUUGACUGUGAGAAUAGAGAGCAGCGCCAUGGGACAUUUCUAGGUGUAGAAAAAGAGGAAACUGCAAGGGAAAAAUUUGUAUGGUUUCCAUUUAUUUCAGAAGGUUUGUAUAUAACAAUUACCCGAGAGUCAUUUCUAUUUGCAAAAGGAUUCGUAACAAAGCGAGUAUAAUUUUCUUGUCAUGGUACUAUGCUUGUUAAAUUUUAAUGCAGCAUCUUCAGAACUUGUCCUAAUGGUGUCUUGUUGUGUCAGCACCAAAUCUUCGUGCAGUAUUUGUGGAUGUUCCUUGUCACAGGAAGAUUCUUCUUCUGUUGCCUUAUUGUUAUUACUUUUUAAUUGAAGUCUCUGUCUUUGUACUGGAAUUGAAAUCACAAGAAAACCAGAUCAACCGUGUUUAAGAGCUAAUCUGUGACACUAUGCAGUAGCGUUUGAAGUCCUAUCUGGUGUUCCGCCUCUGUCCCUUUAUGUUAACUGGAUUUCUGCAUUAAAUGACUGCCCCCUUGUUAA